CUCGACCAUCUCCCUUCACCGUCCAUCGCCAGCAUUUGAAGUACCGCGAUCGCCGGCCUUCGCUCCAUGGCAUGGCAUGGCAACGAGCGCUCUCAUCACUGGCAGAGCUGGGGCAGAAGGGGAGCGAGCUCUUGCGGAGCGCGGGCGCGCAAGGCUUGCAGUUGGCAGUAUGGAUCGAGGAGGACUGGCCAGAGGCAAUGGCAUGGCUCGUCGUGGCCUCUGGGCCCGCCUACGUGCUGCGGAUGGUCCUCUGCAGGCCUCGAAUCAGUGGAGCUUCACUCGCCCUUUGGUGUGCGUGGUUAGGACUCGAGGUGCUUCAGAAAGGCCGUGGCGUCUUUGAAGUGACGCAUCAGCGAUGGGCCACAGCCAUCCAGGCCACGAGGGAAGUGGUGCAAAAAUCUGUAGUGAUGGUGGAGGCCUGGAUCGUGGUCUUCUUACCCUUUGUCAGUGACAUUUGGAGGAAGACUCGUUCCAUUUGGUUUUCCUUGAGUUUUCGCUUGAAGCUGGUACUGGUGCUUGGGCCCUUGAGUUUCUGGCUUCUUUGGGUCCUGCUGAAGAGGCUUUUGAAUGCCUUCCAACGGCGCCGCAGCGCCAUGAAGCAGGCCCUCGGGGCGCUCCUGUUUCACGGCUCCUUUUUGCUGUCUUGCCCGGUGCUGUGGUAUGUCUCAGGUUGUCUCACGCCUGGGCAACAACACUUUGGCUUACGACACCUCUUGACCACCGUGCCGACCUUGGGCAGUUUGCUGGCGCUCGGCUGGCGCCCAGCGCCGGAGGUGAGUCAACUCUUAGCCCUGCAGGCGUCCGAUGCUCCUCCCUUGGCGCUGCCAGAACGGCAGGCCGCCAGUGGCAGUGCCCGUCGCCGCUCACGGGCGCGUAGCCCACCGGUACCGCCAGCUGUGCCCGAGCGUCAUGAAGCGCCGCUGGAGAUCGAGGUCUCAGCUAGCACGCAGAGGUUCUGGCUCUCCUACUGGGCUUCAUGGCCCCUCUUGAUGCUGCUGGAAGGGGGCUUGCCCUCGUUGCUGGACUUGCUGGAUGUCCCAGAGGUGGAACUGGCCAAGAGACGUCUUCGGCAGGGGCUGCUCAUCUUCGUGAUUUGGUUGCAACUGUGGCAAGGCAGCAGGCUGCAGCUCGCCAUGUUGCGGAGGCUUUCAAAGCUCAUGCCUGAGACCGUGCCCAGUCUGGGGGCUUUGCCAAUGAUGCAAUACCUGCAGCUCCUUCAAGGGAACUUGAAUGCUCCUUCCAUGAAUCUUUGGUCAUGGUGUGGUUGGCUCGUUCAACAGCGCUGGCGCCUCCUGGCGCUCGGAGGCCUUGGCGCUGUGCUCUUGGGUCUACUGGUCAUAGCCUUCUACAAGGUGGUGAACCUUGCGAACAGUGUUUUGGUGAUGUUGCUGUACCUUUUCGCUGCUUUGGACUCUGCAGAGACCUUGGCACAGGGCCAUGACACCAUGCUGCCCAGGAAGCUGGCCUUUUGGACCGUGGCCAUGCUCUACCGUUACGCCUCCGAGCUUCCGGUUCUGGGCGUGUUCCUGAGGCUUUUCACGAUCAUCGUCUAUGCAUUGCUCUUGGUGGCCGGUGAAACGAUCUUGAAGCGUGUGGUGCAGCCUUUAUUGGAUUUGGCCCUGAAGCCCGUGGUUCGUGUGCUGUUGCUUUUGACUCGGAGGAUGUCCAGAGCGGCCAGAGUGGUUUGCUCCCCCUUGCGGCUGGCGAGGCUGUUGCUGAUGGCUUUUGGCAAAGUGGCUUCCAGGCAAGCAGAUGUGGCCGAAGAGAUGCCAGAAACUCGCCUAGCCUUAGACACCUCAGCAGGCGCAGCGCCGGCCGAACCGCCGGCCGAACCGCCGGCACCCAGCGCCGCACCCAGCGCCGCACCGGUCGCCCCGAGCCCCACGCAGAGCCCUCCGGCGGAGCCGCCCGGCGCCAGUUCGCGCCGGAGCAGCGCCGCCUCCGAGCUCGGCGCCGUCGGCGCGAGCGGCACCAACGGCACAGCGCCGGCGGGGUCGCCGGGCGUGCGGCAGCGGAAGAAGGGGCGAAGGCGAGGAUGAGGGGCCAAAGUGCUGCCCCAUGGAAGUGGAAGUGGUGAGCCACGUGUGU